CCUCACUUCGCUACUCCUCCCUCCGCUGGAGAAGACCGACAGACACCUCCUCUGAUUCUUACUCCAUCAUCAUGACUACGAUGUUCUCCGCUCGAAGCAGCAUGAUGAACAGUGGCGGUGGUGGCGGCAGCUACGGCCUGGGCAUGGGGCGAGCAUCCUACGGCAAAGGCAUGAGUUCAUUCAGUGUGGUGGGAGGAGCUGGAGGUGGUGGUGUCAGGGUCUCCCAGGCCAGCAGGAGCUUCUCUGCUGCUGGAGGUGGCGGUGGCUACGGCUUAGGUGGCGGGGCAGGUGCAGGCUACGGCUUCGGUGGUGGAGCAGGAGCAGGUUUCGGUAGUGGUGGCGGCGGAGGAUUCGGCGGCGGCGGCGCAGGUUUCGGAGGAGGCUUUGGUGGAGGGGCGUCUGCGGACGACAGCCUCAUCGGCAACGAGAAGUUCACCAUGCAGAACCUGAACGACCGCCUGGCCACCUACCUGGCCAAGGUGGCGGCUCUGGAGAAGACCAACAGCGAGCUGGAGCUGAAGAUCAGGCAGUUUGUGGAGAGCCAGGUCAGCCCCGAGGCCAGGGACUACAGCCACUUCUUCGCUACCAUCGCAGAUCUGCAGGGCAAGAUCCAGGACGCCAUCGUCCUCAGAGGAACAGUCAUGCUGAGCAUCGACAACGCCAAGCUGGCUCAGGACGACUUCAGAGUCAAGUUUGAGAACGAGCUGUCGAUGCGUCAGUCGGUGGAGGCGGACAUCGCCGGGCUGAAGAUGCUGCUGGGAGAACUGGGCGCGGCCAAGGGCGACCUGACCAUGCAGAUCGAAAGCCUAAAGGACGAGCUGGAGUCCAUGAAGAAGAACCACGAGGAGGACCUGCUGUCCAUGCGAGGUGAGAUGAGCGGCCAGGUGAACGUGGAGGUGGACGCCGGUCCUCAGGUUGACCUCAGUAAGGUCAUGGAGGAAAUCAGAGAACACUACGAGGGCAUCGCCGCCAAGAACCGCAAAGAGCUGGAGAGCUGGUACCAGACCAAGUCGGAGGAGAUCAUGCAGGAGGUGGCGACCACAGAGAUGACGCUGAAAACGACAUCCUCUGAGGUGAAGGAGGUGAAGAGUCAGCUUCAGGCUCUGGAGAUCGAGCUCCAGGCGCAGCUCAGCAUGAAAGGGUCUCUUGAAGCCCAACUGGGCGAAGUCCAGAGCCGCUACGGUAUGCAGUUGAACGGAUUCCAGAUGCAGGUGGGCAGUAUGGAGGAACAGCUGAUGCAGCUCAGGUCCGAACUGGAGAGACAGGGACAAGAGUACCAGAUGCUGCUGGACAUCAAGACCAGACUAGAGAUGGAGAUCGCUCAGUACAGGAAGCUGCUGGACGGAGAGGGCGUCGGAUCUUUACUCUCCUCCUCCGAUCACACCGUCUCCACCACCACCACCACCAAAAAAGCCAUCAUAAAAGUCUACAACGAAGAGGUCAAGGAAAAGGACUUCAAGCUGGAGGAAGCCACCUGAGACCAAUCCCACAUCCAUCUGAUCCGGAGGGGAGGAGCCUGAUCUCAACCUAUAACAGUGUUUCCCCUCUUCAUCAAGAAUCUGCCUUCAUCUGUCAACUUUCGCUCGUUUUCUGCUGUAACUAAAACCCCGAUCAGUGAAGACUGGAUUUGUGAGGGGAAAUGUAACCUUCCUUGAUAGUCUGGGUCGGGGGGAACUUCACUGGUGUGGCGACAAACUGUCUGUUGCUUCAAGGAAUAAAACUCAAAAAACCUCAA